AUGCUAAAAAUUCACGAGAAAAACCCGACAACUACACCACGUUCUCUAAGGACCACCACCGAAUACGAAUACGAGCCACUUGUAUUCUAUCCAUGGACUGGUGACUCUACUGAUUGCAUCGACACAGAUAGCAUAUUCACGUUUGAUGUGGAAAUCGAGGUGGGAUUUUUAAAAUAUUCCAAACUAUUGAAUGAAGCUGCCACCUAUGUUGGAUUAUUUUUAAAUUUGCUGCAUUUUUUUGUUCUAACAAGAAAAGAGCUCAGGAACAACGCUGUGUUUUUUGUCAUGAUUGGAAUUUGUGUCUCUGAUAUUCUGGUUUUUGCAUCGAGUAUUUCUGAAGCAUUUGUGUAUGACUACGCGUAA